AUGUGGGUAAAUUCAGGAGUCUCCGCCCGCAUAUUUUAUACUUUAACUGCAGUGUCAAUCCUUGUCUACGUAAAACUUAUUUUAUUCACAAUAAACACUGCAGAAGGUUUCAAUCUUUAUGGAGAUUUUAUAGCAAUUCCUUUAAAAACCGGACCAAAACCGAAAAUCAUGUUUUAUAAGCUUCCUUACAUAACAUUAGAGCACAAUAUCUACAAAUUAGACCCAAGCGUAUUAAAUAAUUCAUUAGCUACAACUGAUAGGAGCACAGAAGUAGCAGAAGUUGUUCAAAGAUAUGCAGGUAUGUCAAAUUGUUACAUUGCCUAUUUCGAAAAUAUGCUUUACGCUGGCGAAUCUGCCUUUUUACAUAAUAAAGCCAUAAGAACUGCCACUUUUGACAGCGCUGUUUAUGAAGCAAAAACUACAGUUGGUACUAUUGAUACUGCCAUUCAAUACAGACAAAACUUUUUAAUGUGGGGUCAUAAUAUCCACGAUUUUCUAUGCGCCACAAUGUUUGUUCCAAGAGAAGUGUUACGAAAAGGAGCCUAUGCGUUUGCUCCUCUUCACUAUUAUCAAAAUACCCAAAGAUUAAUAGAUUUCUUACAUCUUAACAUUACAUUGAUCAAAUUUGAGAGUGGUGAGCAAUAUUUUGUCCGAAAACUAUACGUAGUAGCAAAUCAUGCAUUUGCGCAUGGUUACACAGUUUAUGGUAUCUACAAAAUGCGCGAACUUGUUUUUGAAAGAUUCAAUAACACAAAAGACAAAGCCACGCGUUUUGUUGUUUUCAACAGACCAAAAGGAGAAUCUAGGCGUAUCCACAAUGAAGAAGAACUUCUUGCUGCUCUUAAAGCGAACACUACAAUUGAUCCAGGAAAAGAAUGGGAAUUAAUUGAUAAACCUUACGGGGAUUGGGAUUAUACAUGUAAAUUAUGGAUGACAUUUAAAGUCAUUGUGUCUCCGAGUGGAUCAAUGUUAUACAAUUCCAUAUUCAUGCCGAAUAAAACAGGAAUGUGUGUAAUGUUCACGAGACAACUUGAUCGACCAAAUCUGCAGUUGGCAAUCGGUUCUAACAUUUAUUUGAUCGGUGUCACACAUUUGAAUAUGGAACAUCACUUUUCUGAACCAAUUCCUUGUGAUGUUGAAAGAAUGGUAUGGUGUACGCAAAGAAUUGUUGAUGCUGUGAAAUCUGAAGGUAAUAUUGAUCGUACAAAUCUGAAACCUGGAUUUGAUAUCGAUGCUUAUAUAUCAGAAUCUAGAAAUCCUCGUGAAUUUGGAGAAUUUUAG